AUUAAUAAUAAUUUAAUAAUAAUAAAAAGUGUUCGAAAAAUCGAAGAGGUUAGCGGCGAUAAAUGCCUCGGAAAUGUUCGAAAAAUCAUUUCUGAGUUAACAGGAGAAUAUAUUGUGCAAAGAGGUAUUAGGAGUUCGCUAUUAGGAGAAUAUAUAUGCGAAGAGGUCUCUUAAAAAAUUGACGGUCGGUAAAUUACCAUCGUCGGUAAGUUAUCAUCGUCUGUAAGUUACCAUCAGAAUUACCGACAUCUAUUUUCUGACUUACCUCUUCGCAAAUAUAUUCUCCUAAUAACUACCUCUUCGCGAAAUAUAUUUUCCUGUUAACUCAAACGAUUUUUCAAGCAUCUUAGACGCAUGACCGUAUAACAUACAUGUGAAACAUAACCUGUUCUAGAUUUAAUAAUGCUAAAUAAUUUUUAUGAAUUGAGAAAGCCGCAAAUGUUAUCGAAAAACACGUGAAUACUGUCAUUAAUAAUUGGGAAUUUAAUGAUUACAGAACUAAUUGGAUGAAUUUUGUUAAGAGACUUUCAGUUUAAACUAUACAUAUUUAUUUUUUUUAAAAUGGAAUAUACAUUAGAGGACGCUUUAGACACGCUAAUGGAUAAGAAAAUAAAGCAAGAAAAAAAUAUAGAAGACUUAAUAAAUAAAAUAUCAAAUAAUGAAGUCUUUUCUUUGAAAUCAUCAAGUACACUUGAGGAUAUAAAAAUAAAACAAGAGGAGCUAUAUCAAAGCUUGUUAAAAGAAAUUGAACAAGUAGAACCUGAAGAUUAUCCAAUUCCAAGAACAUCUGAUUUACGAGUUGAAGUAUUAAAUGAAAUGGAAAAAGAGAUUUAUGACAUGCAAAAACUCCACAAAAAUCUAGAACAAAAACUUUCUGAUAUUCAGGAAGAUAUCACAUAUUUGAAAAAUAAAAAAGAGGGGCUCAAAAAAAUGCAAGAGGCUUAUUUGGAUAUGACAGAGACUUUUGCGAAUAAAACCUAUGAGAAGGAACUUGUUCUAACUAAACGUAUAUUUCAAGAAGUGAGGAAUGAUUUAUAUACUGUGGUUGAUACAAUUUUUGCUGACAAUGAAAGCUUCAAAGAGUUAUUAGCAGCACUAACAUCCGCUUAUAUGAAAGGGGGAGAUGACGUUUAUGUAAAUGUUUCACCGGAUGUUUUGGAUCAUGUAAAUUUUCUAGUAGAAAAUGAUAUAGUACAAUAUCACCGUAACGAUAAGACUAAAAUUAGAAUGACUGAGUUACUAUAAUACGUCCAAUAAAUAUUUAAUUACAAAUAUGAAUUACUGUUGGUGCAGCGCAAUAAAUUAUAUAUUGGUUGUAA